UUUCAACGGACGUGAUUGAGAGCGUCCUGCGACCACAAACAAAGUCUUUCAUUCCCAUUGUUAAAAAUGACUGGGGGAUUGUCAUAGUCGGAUCUCAUGAAUCAAUGUUGGAUUUAUAUUUCAAGAAGAAGACGUUUUUCUCUGGAGGAGCGUAAAGUGGAAUACUUUGCUUCACAAGGAAAUACUAAACGUCGCCUCAGUCUGCACGUCUCUGGAAUUCAAGGAAUCGCAAGAAUUUAACACGACUCGAUUAAGAACUUUUCUAUUACUUCAACGUAUGCGAUGUAACUUUACAUAAACUGUAACAUGCAACAUCGUAUAACUUGUUGCAUUUAGCAACUAGAACAUGUUUCUGUUCUUUAUUAAAAAACGGUGAAAGUCCCUAACGCUUUCCCCACAAGUCCAUGAAAGUUUUGCUGCUGUAUUUUACUCUGCUUUUUAAACUGUGAGGGCGGCCCGUAAGGGCUUGGUCCACUUCAAUCAUGAACAUGCCGAGAUGCUCUGGAGUGUGCGCUAUGAUGAGACUUCUAGCGCUGUUUAUGCAACUUUUAUCAACUACAGCAACUAGACACGUUAUAUACUGGAACUCUACGAAUACGAGGUUAACUGGCGAUGAUUACUCUGUCCAGGUCAAUCUGAGUGAUUAUCUGGAUAUACUGUGUCCCCACUACCCUGCCAGCCACCCGUUGACCGGCCCCGUCGAGACUCUGGCUCUCUACCUGGUGGCUGAGGGCCAGUUCAGAGGCUGUGUGGAGACUAAAGAGGCCAUUAAGAGAUGGGAGUGUAACCAGCCGUACGCUCCCUACGGCCCUGUCAGAUUCUCAGAGAAGAUCCAGCGCUUCACACCCUUCUCCCUGGGCUUCGAAUUCCUGCCCGGACAUCACUACUACUAUAGCUCACUAUCGACGGAUGAUGGACCCCCCCUCCCUUGUAUGAAGCUACGAGUGACUGUGUGUUGUCCGCCCACAACCGCUGGAUCAUCAAGACAAGAAGCCACAGAGAGACCAUCAGACAGCGUUGCUUUGCAUCCAGGGACAGGUGGACUUCCUCUUCUCCUCAUUUUCCUUUUUUUUGCCUUUUCCCUCUGAUAUCGGCUCUUAAGUAACUUUAAAAAAAUCAGACAAGCAAUCAGUUCCAGCAGAUAUUUCUCUAUAAUCAUUAGACUUAAUGCUGUUCACUCUCGACAGUGCUCUAAAGUGCACGCACAGACGGACUCCCACUUCUUUGUUCUGUCAUUUUUUGUCACACUAUUAAUCUCUACCCCUCAAUUUCCUGUCUGGCACUCUCACCGUCCAAUCACAGCCUCUCUACUCCUGUCUGCUCUGAUAAACAUUCACUGUGUUACUGACCAACACUAAUCUACCUUCAAAGAGCUUAACUUACUAUUCAGUUUCUUUAAAUGCCUGUUCACAUGAGACAGACUUUCUCUUACUCCCCUCAUCCUCUAUAACCCCUGCCUCCAUCCUACUGUAUACACCAAACUGAGCCAAAGAGUCCUGCUGUAUGUACUACUGAGAGAAAGAUCAGGGACAAAGUGACCGCUCAAACCUGCGAUCACCAGCACAUUCAAUCCCGUUGAACCACUGGAUCAACAGUUUUCCAGUAGUGGAGGGAUUAAUGACUGGAAAGAAAACAAUCAUGUACAGAAAAUCACAACGUUUUGCUUUUUCUACCCUUUUUUAAAGAACACUUUUUCAUCUUUUAAACGAAGAAAAGACUGAAACCAAAGCUAUAACAUAUUAAAUAAUCAUUUAAUGAGAACAUUAUGUUUGUUUUGGAGGAUUUUCUAGAUUUUUUUUAGCAGUGAUGACCCACAUCAGUUCAUACAGGAAAAGGAAAAACUACUUCCUGUGCUACAUUUGUAGAUCGUUUAUGACUGGGCUUCUCUUCAUGUUGUUGGUAUGCACAUUUUGUGACUGCCUAUAAAGUGUGAAGGCAGUUGUAUAAACUAUUUGCUAAUCUGGGCGCUUAACACCUUUCAGACAACACAACCAAAUUCCCACUAUUUGUUUUUCAUUUAUAUUUGUUUUUAAAUCUUUUUUGAUACACUUUCUUUAUUGUGUGUUCCUGAAUUCUGUGUUUGGUUUUACUAAAUGAGGGAAUAUAUAGUUUUUAAUGUUUAAAAAAAUUAAUGGACAUUGAUUUAUGGUUUUCUAGUAUGAAAUAGUUUGUGGAUGAUAGCAGAGAAAACGGUAUGCAGAGUAUUGUUUAAAAUAUGUUUUUUAUUUUAUUUUAAAUUAUUAGUAUAGAACAAAAAUAGAUUAUUGUAUAAAUAAAUAAUUCUUAUUUCCAGGAUAUGAGUAUUUGAGGAUACAAGAAAAUGUGUGAAUCAAUUGGUUUAAUGCCUAAAAAUAUAUUCAAUACUUUUUUUCUUAUAAUUUGAAGUUAACUACCCCCUUUAUUGAAUGUUUAGAUUCUAAAAUAUAUAUUUUUUCUAUUAAUUUCAGAUAUGAAAAUAAUAGGUGCCAUUUUUUUUAUGAUACGUAAUGACAUUUUCUUUGUAAUUUGAGUGUUUUACAUUUUUGUGAAGUUGUCAAGCAUCUUCUGUGAAGAUCUCCUGUCUAAGCCAUUUUUAAAAUGAGCUAUAAAAAUAAAAAAGAAAUGUACAAACUUUUUUCAUAGUAUAAUCAUUUAGG